UCAAAUAGAGAUAAAGUUUAGUUGGGGAGGGGGUCAGAUGCAAAAGGGGCCUGAGGUCAAAUAGCUAGCCUCCUCAUCCAAUGACCUCAGGUAUAAAGUUGACGUCACGAAUUAUCUGUGAGUCAGAUAUUCUAUUGCACACAGAAGAAUUUAGCAUUCUGUAUAAAAAGUAGCCCUCACGAAGUUAUUUAGAAGUCUUUUUGUGGAUACCACUACAUUUCAAUAUGAAGCACAUCGUUUCUAUCUUAUUGGCCAUACUGGUUGCCCUUAUUGCUGCUGUCAAUGGAGCUCCAGCAACCAUUGCAUCAGUAUUGACCGGAAAACAUGGCAUACGAGGAUUUGGAGGAUAUGGCCACGGCAGUCAAGGUUAUGGUGGAUAUAACCAAGGAAGUUACGGUCAAGGAAGUUAUGAUCGCGGCUCUUAUGAUCGUGGCACUUACAACCAUGGUUCAUAUGCCCAAGGCGGACAUGGACAUCGUGAAUAUGGACACGGUCAUAGUGGAUAUGGACAUGGAGGUGGAAUGAGCGGUGGAAUUCAUGGCGGUAUUCAUGGAGGAGUUGGCGGAGGCCUAGGUCUUGGAGGUGGUAUUGGGCAUAGACCUUAUGGUUACGGACACAGAUAUCAUUAAUAGAUUUAAAUAAGCUACGUAGACCUUCUGCAUAGUGAAAAAAUAUUAAAUUGUCUUCACUAAGGAGUUGCGUGUUGUCAUUAAUUUAUUAAAUACAAAUUUGUGUUUUCAAAAUCAAUAAAUGUAUAUUUUUGUAA